UGUGCACACAAGCCAUCGCCAAGUGCCGGACAGCGCCGCAUCCCGUCGGCAGCGUGUGCGUGAGUGUGCAUGCGUGUGUGUGUGCGUGCAGGAGAGAGUUGCAGGGGGAGACGCGAGCGUGUGCGUGCGCGGGUGCGUUUGGGGCAGAUCUCUGUGGAUUCUCUCCCGCUGGAUGUUUAACGAUCACAGGAGCGUCGACUGACGGCACGGACAAACUCCAGGCAUGGCAGACCCUCUCUGUGUUCUCGUGCCCUGACGGAACCCUGCGCGCUGAGAGGGACGACAUGCGCCGGUCAUCGCUCUCUCCUCGUCAUCACCGUCAUUGAUCCCUGUCUGGAGGAACGAUGGUGAGCAAGGAAGCUGGUAAAUGCAUGCUCACCAACUCUGAGUCCGACUCGGAGGCGGUGGCUUCUAUGGCCCGGGACGUCAAAGGGUCGUCGGAUGAAAGACGGCAGGUACGCAAGCGCAACAAAGCCCUUCAGGUCCGCUUCAAGGACAUCUGUGAUGCGCAGAACGAACAGGCCGCUGCGGCUCGCGGAGGGAAGCCUGUUUCUUAUAAAGUGGCGUAUCGGAAGUAUAUGACCGUCCCGGCUCGGCGGUCAAUUCCCAACGUUACCAGAAGUACCGGAGUGCAAACGUCUCCGGAUCUGAAGAAGCGCUACCAGACGUUUCCUUUCGAGAGAAAGAAAGGCCACUCGGUCAAGCACGCGGCUGCAGCGGAGAGCUGUAAAGACCAGGACGAUGGGUUUGUUAUUGAUGUAAAACGUGCAAAAGCAACAGUUGCGGGGAGAGACGGUGCACCCACACAUAAUGUGACAAAAACCAGAGCCCUGAUGCAUACCAGCAAGUGCAUUGCAACCAUCGAACAACAUCCACAAACCAGGGACUGUACGGAUGUCCCGUGUUUGGACGCUUUGGUUCCGUCAGCAGGAGCGGACAACUCGGAUUAUCAGAUCUGUAGCGUGCGAAGUAAACACAGCAAGGUCUUCCAGGGAAACUCGGAAACGGAUCGCUCGGGCAAGCUGCAGUUGUUAAACUCUGGGGACGGCGGUGGGAAUAUCAUCCAGGAUUCGUCCUCUAAAGUGACGGGACCCAUCGCGUGGAACUCCCUCACGGAGGUGGAAUGCUUAGAGAGUCCGUCUGAGCGCAACAAACGCAAAAAGACACUGCAGCUGAACGGCCUGCAGUCGCAGACGUUGCCACGGGCCAGCUGCACCACGCAGGUUCAGUGCCACCUGGGCACGCUGUCCGCUCGCCCUCUGCGUGUCAUGGAGGAAGCGCCGGUGACCUCGGCUUCCGCGGCACCCGUUCCCAUGCCGCCGCCUCCUGCCAGGGGCGGCGCAGGAACUCUGCAAACAGAUAAUGAGACGUGCAAGCAGAUUGUACCCGUCCAUCAGGAAGGGGAUGUUAAAGCACAGCUUCAGGCCAUGGAGAACAUGAUCAGCUCCAGUCAAGAAACCAUUAAAGUGCUGCUGGGUGUCAUUCAGGAGCUGGAGAAGGGAGAAGCUCACAGAGAGGGACUCUCCUAUCGGACCGGACAGGACACGGCCAACUGCGACACGUGUCGGAACAGCGCAUGCAUUAUUUACAGUGUGGAGCUGGACUUUAAACUCCAGGAGGAUAAACUACAGCCGCUGAUGAAGAGACUGUGUCCCACCGAGGAGUCUAUGUUCCCGUCUCUCUCGUACCCUCAGGAGAUCAUCAGCUCCACACCCAAACGCAAGUCCAAAGCAGAGGCCAAGAAACACGCGCGCUGGAAACUCUGGUUUCUGUGAUGAACACCACACACACCUCAGCAGGAUUACACAACUUUAUCUCCUUCAUGUUUUAAAGAUGGAGUUCAAAGACCGGAUGCAACGUUCCACGAGCAUCUCUUUCACGUCGGCCAUUUCCAUCAGGACCGCUCAAGAAAAUCUUUUUGCCUUCGGUACUUUCAAUAUGGCUACACGAUGAGCGUUGAACUUGGUCUGGGAACACGUCAGCUUCAUUAAAAAAGAUGUAUAUUUACAAAUACAUAUAUAAUAUAUAUAAAAUAUGGAAUCUGCUUCCAGAGAAAAGGAAUUGUAAUUUCCUCUUGCAGAAGAGCGUGAAAUGAUUUCACUGGAUCAAUAACAAAUCUUGCUUUACUUCAUCUCGUUGUCCUUGUUUGAACGGCACUAAAGGUUUGGAAAAUGAGGUGGAUGUUUUAAAACACGAUUUCGAUGGAAGGACGCUUUUCAUUUCAGUCUCCUCCUCACGGAAAUCUCAGCAUUAAAGAAAAGCACAAGUCUUCUUACGCACUGGUGAUCUCUCACAGAGGACUUCAUGGAUCUUUCUGGAUUUUUAAGAAUAACACGAGAAGAAAACUCUCCAGAGGAUGCAAUGACUUCACGGCCAGCGCUGAAGUCACAAGUAAUGCACCCCGCAGGAUUCAUAAAGAAAUCAUCACGGCAAGCCUCUGUGAACUCACAAACUUUCAUACGCUAUUAUUAUUACUGGGAAAAAAUAUGAAAAACAGUACCAGUUAUUUUUCUAGAUUCGUAAUUAUCGCGCAUUUAAAGAUUUUCUAGAAUUACUACAGUGUAUAAACUUAUAUCUCAAUGAAGGGUCUAUGGGAUUAUUGAAAUUACGAGAUACAUUUUUAACCCCGUGUUUCAAAUAAUGCUCUUUGAAUAACAACUUCAUAUGACUUCGGGCGUAACCACGGUGACAAAUGUUUUACCUGGCUUUCUGUGACAGGAAGUCAUACGCCGACCAACCACCACAAAUUGUGAGGUCACACUAGACAUUUUGAGUUGCGCGACCUUUGACCUGCGAAUCUGUUUCACAAAAACACAUUCAACCAGAUUUUGACAGAGAUACAACGAAUACAUGGGUUUGUGGGACCGUGGAUGAGAUAAUAUGUUUGAAUGUUUUUAUUUGUUACUUAACAAGUCAUGUUUAUUCAAACCUGAAGCUCUUGAAUGUGACAUCACAUCCUGUUGGCCUAAAUCACUGCGAGGUCUGAUGUCAUUCCGCAAGCGUAAAUCUAUUGUGACGGCACCGUAUCUCAACACAUGCACUGACUAAACAACGAUUCUCAAGUGAAAAUCACAAGAAGCCAUGUCAGAAUAAAUAAGACGUGACUGAGCAUGGGCACAUCAUCUGUCUUAAACACUGGAUCUCAUCAGGAUCUCUAGUCUGAUGAAAGCGGGUCAGUUUAUCUCCGCCACGACUGUCUUGGAGUGAAAAGUGACAUUGAGUGUGUUUACAUGCAGUCUUGCUCCGGUUAUACUUAAUAAGCUGUUUACAUGUCAGAUCAUGUAAACGCAUAUAUCCGGGAAAGCCAUAAACGGCAUAAGCAAAAAUCGCUCUUCGUCCAUUACCCCGAUUUGGCGCUGCCUGUAAACACAGAUUUUUGUUUACUGUAUGUGCGUAUGCCUGAUGCCGUGCUAGUAAAAGUCCCAAACCGAAGUAACCCUAAAAUAACCCAUAAAGCCGUGGACACGCUUGACUUUUUGUUCCAUUGACUUCUAUUCAUACAUAUCGAUACAGAAAUGUAUAAGAUGGAGGAAUCGCUCCCGACCAUUUUUUUGCAUGCUCAAAGUCUAGAAUAAACCACGGAAUAAAAGUUCGCUCUCGAUCAUGCAGUUGGUAGAAACAGGAAAAUAAAUAACUAUUGUUGCAUUAGCAGGUACUGCGGACUUUAGAUGAUUUCCCACAGCAUUAUUAAUUACUAGACAGACUUUCACUGUCACGAGAAAACUGGCAAGUCUCAAACUUCUGUGUAAACGCAGGAUUUCUGUCUAGCCGGUUUAUUGACGUUCUUUCUAACAGGUGAAAACUGGUUUCUUUUAUAAGCAGAUUUUUUUUUACAUCGAGUCACAGUGAUGACAAACAGACUGUGGAUGAAUCUCAUGUAACCCUUUAAAAUAUUGUGCGUCUCUUUAAGGAUCAUUUAGACUUGACAGCAAUUUAAUAAUGUUCUAAAUUAAUUAUUUGGAAAAUGAAUUACAACUAUUUAAUGGCAAUUGGCAGCAUAACUGACUGUUUGUGUAUAUACACACAAUAAUUAAUGCUUAAUAAUCAACAGUCAUAAUGCAAAAGAGAAUAAACAAUAGGCAUCCAUUUCUCAAAAUAAAUGAAAUUUUCUUCAUUUAUUUCUUUUGUUUUGGUACUGAAAGUCAUAUUCGCAAAAGGUUUCAUGGGAUUCAUGCACGGUAGAGAUUCGAUCUAAAUUGAAAUGAAACAACAGAAGAAUAAACUGACAGACAGAUGAAAGCAUCACACACAACUGAGCAAUCCUUCGGCAUCUCUAAAUCCUUCAGCGACACACGUAUCAGUUCACCCAGAGACGCCUUGUUCUUUUUAUGAGCCACAUACACACUGCAAAGCGACAUUCCAAAUAUGAGAUUGAAUUAUUAUUGGAUAGGAAUGUAGAAUGCAGGAGUCCUGUUUCAGUGCCAAACCUGUGAUUCACAGCGAUGACCACAGCAAACACGCAUGCCAACUCAUUUAACACCAGAGAGUUCUGAUCAUAUGCCAACUGGCCACUGACAAGAGUUGUGGUGUUGCGAUAAAACUCUUUAAUCUGCUGGUAAACAGCGUACUCUCUCAGGACUGAAUGUUGUGUAUGUGUUAACCCAAAACUGCAAGGCUGGGUGGAAAAACUACAAUUCAUCCCAAUUCUCAAACAUAUACCCUAAACGUAUGUACAGGAGAUGCCUUUUUUACUUCAAGCAUCACUACUCCCUUCUAAAAUUAGUGAAUGGAUCAAAAAUCAAGAUUUUCACCAGAAAUAAUAAACCAUCAGGGUACUUUAAAAGAAACUCAUUUCAACAUAUUCAGGACAGACGGUGUGUGAAUCGGGACGCUGGGACCAUUUCAAAACUCAAAUGAGUCAUCAGUACCUCAGUUUCAGUGAUUUAAAGCUGAUUUAAUGUAAACUUUGUCACUUCUUGCUCUUUAUGAAAGUGAAUUGAAGAAUGCAGAAUGUAAUAAAUAACAAAACUUGGUGUGUACAGAUAUGUGUUGGUAAGAAGUGACAACUGUUAGCUGCAGUGUGUAUGUGGCUAGAAACUAUUGAAAUAAACCCCUUUUCGUUCUUUCUGAAUUUAAAUAUGUAUGCGGUUUAACAGCCUCACAUCACAAGAGCAUUCUGGGAAAUUCACAACAGAAGCCAAACACGAUGGCCCUAACACACGUGCCAAAAUUUGAAGAAGUGCGACCCACCUGACAAAUAAACAUACUUGACUGACAAAAAGAAAGUCACAAUAACAUUCAGGAGUCUGUGGACUUCAUUUCUCCUCUCAUACACCAAACCUUUGGUUUUCGUAUAGCUCGACUGUA